AUGGCCGACAAAGGACGAACCCCGGCCAGCGCCGACGCCGGCUUCAUCUUGUCCUUGCCGCCGCCGGAGAACCCCUUCCUCGCCGACACCUAUUUCCAGCGGGUGCUCGCCGCCUACCUGCCCAAAGACACCCUCGCCGAGCUGACGCCCGCGCUGACCAAGUUCGGCGACGACGCCAUCUCGCCGCAGGUCAGGGAAUGGAAUCUCAACGCGGAGAGGCAGCAGCCGUUUGUGGAGAGGCACAACGUCUGGGGCGCGCGCCAUCCCGUGGACAGGCUCGUGACGAGCGAGGGCUGGAAGGCCCUGCGCAAAUGGGGAGCAGAGGAAGGGGCUGUCGCGAUUGGAUACGAGACUCAGUAUGGCAUCUACAACCGCAUCGUCCAGCACGCUAAAAACUACCUCUUCUCGCCCGUGUCCGGCCUGACCAGCUGCCCGCUCUCCAUGACCGACGGCGCCGCCCGUCUCCUCCGCUCGCAGCUCCCGGGCCUGCCCACCUCGCACCCGUUCCACGAGACCUACCGGCGCCUGACCGCGCGCACCGACAGCUGGACCUCCGGCCAGUGGAUGACCGAGCGACCCGGCGGCAGCGACGUGCAAAACACCGAGACCUGGGCGCGCCACGCCCCGCUUCCCGGCGGCAGCUGCGGACGGCUGGACGAGGGCGACUACCUCGUCUCCGGCUUCAAGUUCUUCUCCUCGGCCACCGACGCCGACGUCGCCCUGCUGCUCGCCAAGACGGAGGACGGCGGCAAGCUGAGUGCGUUCCUCGCGCCGCUGACCAGGACGGACGCGGCGGACAGCGGCGGCGCGCGGGUGACCAACGGCGUGCGCGUGCACCGCCUCAAGAGCAAGCUCGGCACCAAGCAGCUGCCGACGGCCGAGCUGGAGCUGCGCGACGUGCGCGCGCACAUGGUCGGCCCCAUGCGCCGCGGCCUGGCCGUCGCGCGGCGCUUCGCCGCCGGCCGCACCGUCUUUGGCUACCCGCUGUGGGCGCUGCCGCUGCACCUGCGCACGCUCGCCGACGUCGAGGUGCGCAUCCGCGGCUUCGCGCAGCUCGCCUUCUUCACCAUCGCCCUGAUGAGCUUCACCGAGGACGGCUGCUUCCCGGAAGAAGCAGCGUUGCCGCUGCCGGAGGCUGGGGCCGAGGCCGCGGUGGUGCUGCGGGCGCUGACGGCCGCGGCCAAGGCGGUGACGGGCAAGAACGCGGCGGUCACCAUGCAGGAGGUGAUGGAGGCGCUCGGCGGCGUCGGCUACGUGGACGACCCGGACGACCCGGACAGCGUGGCGCGCGCGCUGCGCGACGUCUCGGUCAACGCCAUCUGGGAGGGCACCACCAAUGUUCUUAGUAGCGAGCUGGUGCGCCACCUGCUCGCCGGGGACCACCUCGCGCGCGUCCACGCCUGGCUGUCGCGGGCGAUCGCGGGCGUCGACGACGCGGACCGCCGCGCGGCGCUGCGGACGGCGUGGGGCAACCUGCACGGGCGGCUGCGGGCGGGCAGAGACCGCGUCGACGUGGUGCUCUCGGUCGGCCGCGGGGUCAUGUUCAGCUUUUCGUGGAUCGUCGUCGGCGUGCUGCUCGCGUGGGACGCGCAGCGCGACGGGGACGAGCUGGCCGGAGAGGUGGCGCGGAGAUGCGUGCUCAAUGGUGAGGGCGGCCUGCGCGAGUGGCUGCUUCCGGAUGUCGGCGUGCCGGCGGCGACGGCACGGUUUGAGGAGGGCACGGAGCGCGCCAGGUGGGAUUGUCGUCUGGUCUGGGGCAAGGAGCUCCCUGAUGAUCUUGUGACGUUUGGCCAGCGGACCCCCCCGUUAGGUUCAAAGAUGUAG